AUGGCUCUAAUGUUGACGGGAUUGACUACAUAUGGUGUCCGUCAGUCGGCAGAAGUGGAGAGUCAGAUGACUUCAGUCGAGCGCAUCAUUGAGUACUCAAAACUACCACAAGAGGCGGCCCUCAGCGCACAGGAUAGCCAUAAACCCCCUCCCGAUUGGCCACAGAAGGGAGAGAUAGAGCUCAAGGAUAUGACUAGGGCUGUUUACAUCAAGUCAGCUAGGGACAUUAAACGGGCCGAAGGUUUAACCCGGAGUCCAGUGUAUUCACACGUAAGCAUUACACUCAAUGGGUUGGCCAGUGUUAGGGCCUUUGGGGCGCAGGAGGUGUUUGAGAAACAAUUUUACAUAUACCAAGAUGAUCACUCGGCCACAUGGAUGCUCGUCACCACUUCUAGCUAUGCAUUUGCCUUAAUAGUAGACGGACUGUGUUUUAUCUAUACAGUCAUUAUAGUCACAAUUUUUAUGGUAUUCCCCGAUAAGUUGGGCGCGGGUGAGACGGGACUGGCCUUAUCAUCAGCCUUAAUGUUAAUGGGAUUGACUCAAUGGGGAGUCCGACUGUCGGCUGAAGUGGAGAGUCAGAUGACUUCAGUCGAGCGCAUCAUUGAGUACUCAAAACUACCGCAAGAGGCGGCCCUCACAGCCCAUGACAGCCAUAAACCCCCUCCCGAUUGGCCACAGAGGGGACAGAUAGAGCUUAAGGAUAUGAGUCUAUACUACUCGGGAUCAGACAAACCGGUGCUUAAGAACUUGAAUUGUGUGAUCAAUGCGGGCGAGAAGGUAGGCAUCUGUGGCCGGACGGGCGCCGGCAAGUCGUCCAUCAUAUCAGCCCUGUUUCGUAUGGUUGAGCCAAAGGGGCAGAUAGUAAUGGACGGCAUUAACACGGGAUCAAUAGGUUUGCGUGACUUGCGCUCUGCCAUCUCAAUCAUACCUCAAGACCCGGUGGUCUUCACGGGAACCGUCAGAAAAAAUUUGGAUCCGUUCGGCGAAUACAGCGACCAAAGGAUAUGGAGUGCCUUAGAAGAGGUGCAGCUGAAGGGGGCGGUGGGGGACCUCCCGGGCCAGUUGGACGGCCAGUUGGCCGAAGGGGGCGCUAAUCUGAGUGUAGGUCAGCGGCAGUUGGUAUGUCUGGCGCGGGCUAUACUGCGGCACAAUAGGGUACUAGUGCUGGACGAGGCGACCGCUAAUGUUGACCAUCAAACCGAUGCUUUAAUUCAGACCACAAUCCGUCGCAAAUUCAGUGACUGUACUGUCCUUACGAUCGCUCACAGACUCAACACUAUUAUAGAUUGCGAUCGCGUUUUGGUGUUAGACGCGGGAGAGAUCAUAGAGUUUGACGAACCGUUUGUUUUACUGCAACGAAAGGGACAGUUGUAUGACAUGUGCCGCAAGACUGGGAAACAUAUGUUCAAUCAUUUACUAAAUAUGGCUAAAGAAUCGCAUCUUAAGAGACUUAAUGCCACACAAGUCGAAGACGAGGAGGACAGGGAUCGGGAGUGCAUUAAUUAUAUUCACAUCCAAUACGGCACUGAUAGCCCGAUGAUUGAAAUGUCUGUCCGUAACAGACAAUCGCCGGACAAUAACAGUAUGAAUGAGACCACUAGUAGUGCGGGAACUAGUGAUACGACUGGCAGCACAUCAUCGCUACCGUCGGCGGACUCAAUGGACUCAAUAGACUCCAUAUCUGACUCGAGAUCUACCCUUAACUCUACCCCUAAUGGGUCAGCACAGGUCAAUUGUUUGCAACCAUGUUCAAUAUGGCACAUCGCAUUGACAUGUGUUUCCAUCGGGCUAUUAUUGUGGGACGCUUACAGCGAUUACGCACGGGUUGUCAAUUAUGGCCUCGAUCAACAUUAUCGGUAUUGCGGGUUGACUUUAGCGUCCGCACUGACACCCUUAUGGAUUAUAACGACAAUUAUCCGGCGCAGGGAUGACAACAAUACGCCCGACAACUUCCCUGUGUGGUCGAGCGGACACAACACCCGCUCGCCCGACAACGGGGAGCCGUCCACUGGGUUUGACCCGUUGCCGCCCCCCGUUUGGUAUCGCUAUACAAGCACUUUAUUAAUGUGGGCAAAAUUGGCUCACAUUCAGCGAUAUGUCGAUAUAUUACUGCACCAACUGAACUCCAGACAACAAUCUAGAUCGCGUGAAUCGAGACAAAUGAAUUUAAACGCGGUGCUACACAAAAGUACCGAGAUGACCAGUUUAAUGCUCAUGGUUUGUUUCAUGGGGUCGGCGCCACAGCUCGUGCUUCAACUCUAUAUCGAGGCUAAGGAUAUGCCACAGACCAUCAGUUUGUGGACUGAGGUGGUCAUAUUAAGUUCAUUAGUAACCCUCUCAAAGUCAAUGGUGUCGUACGAGUCCAUACAAAUGCCCAAUAUGAACUUGCAGUGGCCCUGUCCGGACGAUCGGUGGUAUAAAGCAAUCGCAUGGUUGCCGCAUAUCUCGUGCUUUUUUAUUGGACUUAACAAUAUGUCUAGUAUCAUGGACAUUUGGAGGCGUGACACUGGCCCGCCGGCCACCAACUCACCAAACACUGAUAACGAGAUACCUAUGAAUGCACUGCCGGUCCGUAACAGUCAAUCGGCGGACAAUAACAGUCUGAAUGACAGCACUAGUAGUGAUGAAACUACUGCUAUGAUUGCCAGCACAUCAUCGCCAACACCGGCGGCGACUCCGCCACUGCUCACAGGCAAUGGUCAGCGAAACAAUGGGCCGGAAAUUGUCGCAUACCGGCGCAUAUUUGCGGCCAUUCGCCGACUGAUUACAGGGUGGACCCAAUCUGCACCCCUGACUCAGGCCCCCAGCGAACUGCCCCGAUCGGCCACACCAUUUUCGGACUGGGACAAAUUUAUGGCAAGAUAUUGCAUCGUGAUAUACUUGUGGGACGUGGUCAGCGAUUUUUACCUGCAUACUAAUUCAUAUCCUAUUUCUGACUUAACCUUGCGCAGGUAUUUCGGACUCACCCUGUUGUUCGUACUGUUGCCCUCGUUUGUUAUGACAUUUAUUAUGCGUCGCUGGUACGAUCAGUGGCAGUGCGACGGUCGACCUGUACAGUUCAUGUAUCCUGCUCCUAAUAUUUAUAUAAGGCAUCUGAAGACAUGGGCACAAUUGGGGCCAUUUUACCGAUAUAAAGAAAUAUUAGACCAUGGUUUACAAUCGAGAGACACAGCUAGGUCAUCCGAAGAGAGAUGUGAACACUUAACCAUAUUGUAUUACAAACAGUUAGAAAUGUCUCGUUUAAGACUCAUUGAUACGUUCGUGGAAUCGGGGCCUCAGCUCAUUAUUCUUGCUAAAACUAGCACUGAAUUACCUGAUAUUUUGACAAUUGGAUCUGUGUUGGGAUCAUUGGCAGCCCUAUCGUCAGCAUUGGUCAAUUACGAGUUGGCCCCCUAUAUGGGCAUGGGGUCUAUUGUAAACUUUAUCUGGCGACUUUUAACAAUAAUGGCCCGGGUGUUAGCGAUGGCACUGUUCGCCAGCGUAUUUCCAGUUUACAUGGGUCUGGCAUGUUGCGGGCAUUGGCUAAUAAUAAAUCCCAACACUAGACUCACCGAGUUCACGCGCAAAAACUAUACAAGUGCAGCUUGUUUAGCCUACGUGCUUAUAUUUUGUUACCACGAUUCGUGUGGCAAAUUAACGGGGCAGCAAGUAAUUUAUUACCCCAUCGUGGUCAUAGAGAAUUGUGCUUUAAUUGGCUUUUGGUACGCGUAUUGUCCGACCGGACUGUGGUAUACAUGGCUGGCAUUGUACGCGCAUUUCGGAUGCUUUAUUCUGGGCCUCAUUAUUAUGGGUGUGUAUUAUAUUUGUCUGUAUCGCCGUGCGGUGAAUGUGGGCCAGGUGAUUAACGCACCCGAACCAUGGUGGUAUAUUUAUGCCCAUGUUGAAGUAAUUAAACGCCUACUGGGAUGGGCAACUCCAAGGCAACCCGAGCAAGUUACAGCCGAAUAA